UUUGGAGGAUGCAAAGAGAUUCUGUGAAGUCUGGUGUGUGGGUCUGACAGAUGUCUGGGAUAGCAGGGUCAUGAUGCUCAUAAGUCCUGGCCCUGCAGAAUGAACAAGUGACAGAUUCAGUCUUCUCUGUUGAGGCAAGACUCAAGGCUGGGCAGUGUCAUCUGAGAGACUCUGGGGGCUCUUUGUCCAAACACUUGGCUUUGGCUAGGGCUGAGAACCCAGACAACACUCUUUGUGUUUGCAUCUCCUGAGCUGGGCUGCCCUUGAGAGUGCAUCUUUUAGUCUCUACACCAGCAUCCUGUGGGUGAGAGAUGGUUUCCAGGCUCUGGGUUUGGCUGCCCUGUGAUCAGACUCCCAGAGUGGUUAGCUGCUGCAGACCUCCUGGGGACCUCAGGGGUCUCUGCAAUUGUGCUCUGCGGAAUCAGGUAUACCUGGCUGGCCCUCACCAAAUGUUGCAGAGAGUAGUUUUACCUUGUUCCUCCCGGCUGGUGUGAAACAGGAUGAGGGUGCUUAUAGGCUCUGUGGGCUAACUGCAAAGCUGAGGAUCUGGGUCCUGCUGGGAGGAGUCAGGGAGGAAACUUCAGAAAGGUCACACAGCAUGCUGGGCAGAGAUCAAGAAUGGAUGUGUAGAGUCUAGAGUGAGAGGCAGAGCAAUCCUAGACCUGGCUGUCAGGAAGUUGAGGGUAGAGAGAUUUGUCCAUAGGUAUCAUUGGGGACACAGGGUCUGAGCUUCUGUUAUUGUCCCUCACUUUGCCUCAUUCUGACCCUAUGUGCUCAGAAGUCCUCUGGCUAACCUGUUUGGAGUUAUAGGUAUCAACAGGUGAUUGCUACUUAAGGCAGUGAGCUCAGGGCAGGGCAGGUAGCCCUGGGAGAGUCUCUGGACCCUCAGGUUAGAGGAAGAUUCUCUGGCAGAGACGGCAACCUAGACACGCGCUCAGAGGCUCUAGAGAGCCAGGCCUCCACAGGGUCAAGUUCCGAAUGUGUGGCAUGACUGGGACAGGGUGGUGAAGUAGCAGGAGAUGGAGUGGGUGGGCAGAAUGGGUUCCCGAAAGUGCCAGGAUGGGGCAGAGUGUGGACCUGGAGCAUAGGGGAUCCCUAGAAAUCCGUGACAUGCUUCCUAGAGCUUGUGAUAAGCUUCCUAGAACUGCAGGAUGCAGAAGUGUGAGUUCGAGAGCAUUCUUCAGGCACCUGCUGCCUGGGUGAGCUCAGGUAGCAGGACCAAGAAUCUUACAUACUAGCAGCCAGAAGCUAGAUGAAAGGGCCCCUGUUGUUACAGAGCCCCAGGGUGCUGACUCACACCUGUGGAGGCUUGUCUGGGUGGACGUGAGUCCUUGUAGCCAGUUCUGAGACUCAGCUAUAGCUGUUUUUUGUCUAAGAAGUUAUUAUGGUUUAUGGCUCCAGGCCCAGGCUACUCUCUAGGGCAUGACUAGGCUGCUAGAUUCUCCCAGGCUGCCCUCUGCUAUCUUUCUCACUGGGCUAGUUGGUCUUCAGUUCUGCCAUGCUGGGAACACAGCGGUAUGGCUUCUUGUUCAUAGCCAUCCCAGGAAACUUUCAGGAACACCAGCACCCACAACCCUCAGAGCCUCUCUGAGAAACAGUUAUGGUGUCUUUAGGAUAAGCCUCAUGGACACACAUGUGGGGAGACUGAGGUCCUGGUUGAUAAGGUGUUGUAGCAUGGCUGGGGCGGAGCUAGGAGUGAGGUACAUCUCUGGUCGUCCUCUGGGAUUUACUGCCUCUGUUCUGUGACCCUAGAUGUGAGCCCGAAGAACUAAAGCAGAUGACUCUUCAGAGACAGAGGGCAUACUGUGUAGGCAGCCGCUGAGGCUCUGUCUAUGGUUGUACACUGGCCUCAGGGCUUCUUGCUGUGGCGGCUCUGUUCUUAGCAAGGGCAUGGCUUCUGUGGGUCCCAAGAGACCAGAUUUUAUAAAAACCAGAACUACGAACUGAGAUAGCUGGAUUUCUCACCUUGUUUCCAGCAUGAUGUCACGUGAAUUGUUGGGGCUGCACAGUCCCCUAGCUCUUCUGCUCAGGGUUAUAUUUGUGGUCUACCUGGUCCUGAAGUGGGGAGGGAGGGAGAGCUCUGUGGUUGUUGGUAUUGGCGGAAGAGUGAGAGUGAUACCUUUGGUUCUAGCCAUAGUUCCCCCAUGUUGGUGUGAAAUCUUGUGUUCAUUGGAUAGAGGUUACCCCAUCUCACAGUGAAGGAUACUGGCUGAGGUGGAGCUAGCAUGGGUGGUGAUGGCAGAGUGGUGAUGGAAGCCCCUUCACUGAGCCUACUUGGGCACCAGGGGCUCCUGCACCGCAUGGCAUCCAUUCAGGAGCCAAGCAUGUGGCCACUGGCAUCCACUUGACAAGGUUGACCAUUUCCUGCUCUUUCCAUGUUAGUAGAUGGUUGUGGGCUCUGAGCCCUAAGUAUGGUGCUAGGGUUCUACAGGUUGCUACUGCCUCUGUCUUUGUGCAUGCUGUGCCCUGGGCAGUGGUGGUCAUAGAGUAGAGCUGUCUUUGUUCUGGGCCUGAUUCCUCCACCCAUGCCAUGUGUUUUUUUUUUACCUGGUUGGCACUCUGGCCUGGACAAGUACCUGACCUGCUUCAGAGUGGAGGGCCUCUGGCUGCAGACAGACAGCUGCAACUGGCUUCCUUCCUGCAUGUGCUCAUCCUGUGGAGUACCGCUCCAUCUACCACCGCAUGGAUGCUGGCUCAUUGUGGCUUUACCGCUGGUAUUACUCAAACCUGUACCAACGAGUGCUGAGCUUCACCAUUUUCUUGAUCCUGGCUCUGGCUUUUGUGGAGUUCCCAUCAUCAUUCACAAGAACUGCAGAUGUGCGCUACCGCUCCCAGCCCUGGGAGCCACCCUGUGGGUUGACGGAGACCAUCGAGGCGUUCUGCUUGCUGGUCUUCCUGGUUGACUUCUCUGUGAAGAGCUACCUGGUGGGGCAGCCCCAGUUACAGGAGAACCUGUGGCUCCUGUCCUACUUUGUGGUGCUGGUUGUGUCCGUGGUGGACUGGAUUAUUUCAGUGAGUCUCACUUGUGAGGAGCCCCUGCGGGUGCGCCGAUCACUCCGUCCCUUCUUCCUGAUGCAGAAUUCCUCCAUGAUGAAGAAGACCCUGAAGUGUUUACGGUGGUCACUGCCAGAAAUGGCCAGUGUCGGGCUGCUACUGACUAUCCACCUGUGCCUCUUCACCAUAAUUGGGAUGCUAAUUUUCUCCAGUGAUGAGAAGGAUGAAGCACAGAACCAGGAGAGGCUGGCCUACUUCCGGGACCUUCCAGAGGCCUUGACCUCACUCUUCAUACUGCUGACAACGUCCAACAACCCUGAUGUGAUGAUUCCUGCAUAUAGCCAGAACCGGGCCUAUGCCCUCUUCUUCAUAAUCUUCACCUUGAUAGGAAGUUUGUUUCUGAUGAACCUUCUGACAGCCAUCAUCUACAGUCAGUUCCGCGGCUACCUGAUGAAGUCUCUACAGACCUCGUUGUUCCGGCGGCGGCUGGGGGCCCGAGCGGCCUAUGAAGUCCUUGCGUCCACAGCAGGUCUGGCUGGAGCCACCCCUGAGGCAGUUGGGGUAAAUCCUGAGAACUUCCUGCGAGUACUUCAGAAAACCCAACUGGACAAAAUCCACAAACAGGCCAUCAUGCAGAAGGUACAUUCCUAUGGAGGCCGUCCAUUGCUGGCUGAUGAGUUCCAGAAACUCUUCGAUGAAGUUGACAAGGGUGUGAUCAAAGAGGUCCCGCCGAUGCCCCAGUACCAGUCUCCAUUUCUGCAGAGUGCCCAGUUUCUCUUCAGUAAUCAGUACUUUGACUACCUGGGGAACCUCAUUGCUCUGGGAAACUUCUUGUCUAUCUGUGUGUUCCUGGUGCUGGACUCAAAACUGCUGCCUGAGGAACGUGAUGACUUUGUCCUGGAGAUUCUUGACUACGUCUUCGUCUUGUACUACCUGCUGGAAAUGCUGCUCAAGUUGUUUGCACUGGGCCUGCGGGGCUACCUGUUCUACUGUGGCAACGUGUUCGAUGGCUUCCUCACCAUUGUCCUCCUGGUUUUGGAGAUUUCUACUCUGGUGAUAUACCGAUUGCCAAACUCAGUAUGGAAGCCUAAGCAGUUUGGCUCACUGUCACUGUGGGACAUGACACGGCUGGUGAACACACUGAUUGUCUUUCGAUUCCUGCGUGUCAUCCCCAAUGUGAAGCCAAUAGCUAUGGUAACCAGCACCAUCCUGGGCCUGGUCCAGAAUUUCAAAUCAUUUGGUGGGAUCUUGGUGGUGACAUACUAUGUGUUCGCCAUCAUUGGGAUCAACCUAUUCCAAGGCAUCAUUGUGCCUCCUGGAAACAGCAGCCUGGCACCCGAUAACAGCUCAGCAGUGUGUGGAAGCUUCGAGCAGCUAGAUUACUGGUCCAACAACUUUGAUGACUUUGCUGCUGCUCUGAUCACACUGUGGAACGUGAUGGUGGUGAACAAUUGGCAGGUAUUACUGGAAGCCUAUCAGCGCUACUCAGGCCCGUGGUCAAUGGUGUAUUUUGUGCUAUGGUGGUUGGUGUCCUCUGUCAUCUGGAUCAACCUGUUUCUGGCUCUGCUUCUGGAGAACUUUGUCCACCGAUGGGAUCCCGGAAGUUAUAAGCAGCUCCUUGUUGGAAACCAGAAGAUCAACUAUCAGAUGUCUGUGGAGCUCAUGUUCAGGGACAUCCUUGAAGAGCCCAAGGAGGAAGAACUGAUAGAGAAGCUGCACAAACACCCACACUUGCAGCUGUGCAGGUGACAUCAGAGUGUCCUCCCAGCCGGGGUGGCAGGACAGAGAUGCUGGCCUGGAGCCCGUGCUGUGGAGGCAGCAACUGAUAGAGACCAAGCAAGAAAAGACGGCGCUUGGAACAGACCACUCAGGGACAGAGAGAGGCUGGGACAAGGACUGUGGCUGCUUAGUAGUAGUCACCGAGCACGUGCCGUCUGUGGCCUUGGCAGAUGGGUAGUCAACACUGCAGAGCAGCAUCCCUCUGUUUGUUGCUCUUCCAAGCUGCUUUGGCAAGAGUUGCUAAGGAGAGAAGGGAGUGAUUUUGCAGGGACCUUAAAGCCCAGGAUGUGAGAAGACCUCAGCUCCCCUUGUUACCCACAGCUUAUCUGUGUCUUCAACCCUGGUGGCCUUUGUGAACCCAAGCCUGCACAGAGCCUGUGGAGGGUAGCCGGCAGGUUUCUGGGGCAUAAGGGUUGGUUUCACAUGUCAAGAAUGUCACCUUUUUAUUUCACAGUGUCUGUGAAUAUGGUUGGCUGUGUGAAUAUGGUUUCUGUUUCAUAAAGAAUGUUCUUGUAAAGAA